CUUCCAGGUUAGUGUCACUGCGUUCCAGGCGAAUGGUUGGGGGGACCCUGGCUCCUCAUGUCCCCUGGCAGGUCAUGGUCUACCUGUCUGAUGGUGUGCUGGACGGGGGCUACGCCGGAGGGGCUCUCAUCUCKGACCGCUGGGUGUUAACGGCCGGAAGAAACUUGUUCGUAAGAAAGAGUCGGCGGGACGUUCAGGGACAAAGUCCUGUUGUUCCUAAAGUCUACGUGGGAAUCUCAGAGAAGACYGACGCUGACGACACCAACGAAGCUAAAGUAGAGAAGGUUGUUCUUCAUCCAGGGUUUCAGUCUCAGUCUGACUGGGACAACGACCUGGCUCUGAUCAAACUGGAAAACCCUGUGAUCUUGAGCGAUAAGGUGACUCCMAUCCCCCUGCCAGAGAGAGGCCAGGACCUGGACUUGGUGUCGGGUGGUUCGGGGGUUCUCGCAGGCUGGGGCUGGGGGGUCCACCUCACUCCAGCUGCAUCUCUUAAACACCUGGUGCUCCCCCUGGCCAACAGCUCUGACUGUAAAGCAGAAUAUGAGCGUUCUGCGCUCACGCCGGCCGUGGAUGAUAACAUGUUCUGCACCGGACCCACUGAGUUUCAGGAGAACGUUUGCUUCGGGGAUGCCGGAGGCGCUCUGGCUGUCACAGAUGCUCAAACCGGAGAUMUUUAUGCUGCGGGAAUCCUUUCAUARGACAAAUCCUGCAGCCGGUACAAGCACGGAGUCUAUAUGAAGAUUUCCUCAUACUUGCCUUGGAUCCACAGCGUCAUGAGGGGAGAUACGGAGAAAUCAUCUGCUCUGCGCUCCGAUGCAAUGUCUAAGAUGGUCUCACGUCAACCGUAGAGCUCCAGGUCUUUUUUGUUUUGAUGGAUGUUUGAAAGAGAGAUUAUUGUGUCUGUAAACAACUGUAGAUUAAAUGAUGUGACGAAUGAAGUUAUAAAAUAAAGUAUAUCUCAUUUUCAAGAA